AGACUGCAGCACAACCGGAACAGGAACGAUUGGUUGAGCGUGUCGGUGAGAUGGAGGCGGAAUAUGGUGAAGUUGGUGAAGGCGUAUUUGAAGGGGAGACGGAAGCCGAGUCGGCAGUCGAAGUGUUCAGUGAAGAUUGGGGCAAGUUGAAGCGGACGCAGAAAGUGAAGCAGUAGAACAGGUUGAAUCGGAACGUGUGUCUGUGUUCGCUCCAGUCGAAUUGGAGUCUGAGGCGCUUGCAGAGACUGCAGCACAACCGGAACAGGAACGAUUGGUUGAGCGUGUCGGUGAGAUGGAGGCGGAAUAUGGUGAAGUUGGUGAAGGCGUAUUUGAAGGGGAGACGGAAGCCGAGUCGGCAGUCGAAGUGUUCAGUGAGAGAUUGGGGCAAGUUGAAGCGGACGCAGAAAGUGAAGCAGUAGAACAGGUUGAAUCGGAACGUGUGUCUGUGUUCGCUCCAGUCGAAUUGGAGUCUGAGGCGCUUGCAGAGACUGCAGCACAACCGGAACAGGAACGAUUGGUUGAGCGUGUCGGUGAGAUGGAGGCGGAAUAUGGUGAAGUUGGUGAAGGCGUAUUUGAAGGGGAGACGGAAGCCGAGUCGGCAGUCGAAGUGUUCGGUGAGAGAUUGGGGCAAGUUGAAGCGGACGCAGAAAGUGAAGCAGUAGAACAGGUUGAAUCGGAACGUGUGUCUGUGUUCGCUCCAGUCGAAUUGGAGUCUGAGGCGCUUGCAGAGACUGCAGCACAACCGGAACAGGAACGAUUGGUUGAGCGUGUCGGUGAGAUGGAGGCGGAAUAUGGUGAAGUUGGUGAAGGCGUAUUUGAAGGGGAGACGGAAGCCGAGUCGGCAGUCGAAGUGUUCGGUGAGAGAUUGGGGCAAGUUGAAGCGGACGCAGAAAGUGAAGCAGUAGAACAGGUUGAAUCGGAACGUGUGUCUGUGUUCGCUCCAGUCGAAUUGGAGUCUGAGGCGCUUGCAGAGACUGCAGCACAACCGGAACAGGAACGAUUGGUUGAGCGUGUCGGUGAGAUGGAGGCGGAAUAUGGUGAAGUUGGUGAAGGCGUAUUUGAAGGGGAGACGGAAGCCGAGUCGGCAGUCGAAGUGUUCGGUGAGAGAUUGGGGCAAGUUGAAGCGGACGCAGAAAGUGAAGCAGUAGAACAGGUUGAAUCGGAACGUGUGUCUGUGUUCGCUCCAGUCGAAUUGGAGUCUGAGGCGCUUGCAGAGACUGCAGCACAACCGGAACAGGAACGAUUGGUUGAGCGUGUCGGUGAGAUGGAGGCGGAAUAUGGUGAAGUUGGUGAAGGCGUAUUUGAAGGGGAGACGGAAGCCGAGUCGGCAGUCGAAGUGUUCGGUGAGAGAUUGGGGCAAGUUGAAGCGGACGCAGAAAGUGAAGCAGUAGAACAGGUUGAAUCGGAACGUGUGUCUGUGUUCGCUCCAGUCGAAUUGGAGUCUGAGGCGCUUGCAGAGACUGCAGCACAACCGGAACAGGAACGAUUGGUUGAGCGUGUCGGUGAGAUGGAGGCGGAAUAUGGUGAAGUUGGUGAAGGCGUAUUUGAAGGGGAGACGGAAGCCGAGUCGGCAGUCGAAGUGUUCGGUGAGAGAUUGGGGCAAGUUGAAGCGGACGCAGAAAGUGAAGCAGUAGAACAGGUUGAAUCGGAACGUGUGUCUGUGUUCGCUCCAGUCGAAUUGGAGUCUGAGGCGCUUGCAGAGACUGCAGCACAACCGGAACGGGAACGAUUGGUUGAGCGUGUCGGUGAGAUGGAGGCGGAAUAUGGUGAAUUGGUGAAGGCGUAUUUGAAGGGGAGACGGAAGCCGAGUCGGCAGUCGAAGUGUUCGGUGAGAGAUUGGGGCAAGUUGAAGCGGACGCAGAAAGUGAAGCAGUAGAACAGGUUGAAUCGGAACGUGUGUCUGUGUUCGCUCCAGUCGAAUUGGAGUCUGAGGCGCUUGCAGAGACUGCAGCACAACCGGAACAGGAACGAUUGGUUGAGCGUGUCGGUGAGAUGGAGGCGGAAUAUGGUGAAGUUGGUGAAGGCGUAUUUGAAGGGGAGACGGAAGCCGAGUCGGCAGUCGAAGUGUUCAGUGAGAGAUUGGGGCAAGUUGAAGCGGACGCAGAAAGUGAAGCAGUAGAACAGGUUGAAUCGGAACGUGUGUCUGUGUUCGCUCCAGUCGAAUUGGAGUCUGAGGCGCUUGCAGAGACUGCAGCACAACCGGAACAGGAACGAUUGGUUGAGCGUGUCGGUGAGAUGGAGGCGGAAUAUGGUGAAGUUGGUGAAGGCGUAUUUGAAGGGGAGACGGAAGCCGAGUCGGCAGUCGAAGUGUUCAGUGAAGAUUGGGGCAAGUUGAAGCGGACGCAGAAAGUGAAGCAGUAGAACAGGUUGAAUCGGAACGUGUGUCUGUGUUCGCUCCAGUCGAAUUGGAGUCUGAGGCGCUUGCAGAGACUGCAGCACAACCGGAACAGGAACGAUUGGUUGAGCGUGUCGGUGAGAUGGAGGCGGAAUAUGGUGAAGUUGGUGAAGGCGUAUUUGAAGGGGAGACGGAAGCCGAGUCGGCAGUCGAAGUGUUCGGUGAGAGAUUGGGGCAAGUUGAAGCGGACGCAGAAAGUGAAGCAGUAGAACAGGUUGAAUCGGAACGUGUGUCUGUGUUCGCUCCAGUCGAAUUGGAGUCUGAGGCGCUUGCAGAGACUGCAGCACAACCGGAACAGGAACGAUUGGUUGAGCGUGUCGGUGAGAUGGAGGCGGAAUAUGGUGAAGUUGGUGAAGGCGUAUUUGAAGGGGAGACGGAAGCCGAGUCGGCAGUCGAAGUGUUCAGUGAGAGAUUGGGGCAAGUUGAAGCGGACGCAGAAAGUGAAGCAGUAGAACAGGUUGAAUCGGAACGUGUGUCUGUGUUCGCUCCAGUCAAUUGGAGUCUGAGGCGCUUGCAGAGACUGCAGCACAACCGGAACAGGAACGAUUGGUUGAGCGUGUCGGUGAGAUGGAGGCGGAAUAUGGUGAAGUUGGUGAAGGCGUAUUUGAAGGGGAGACGGAAGCCGAGUCGGCAGUCGAAGUGUUCGGUGAGAGAUUGGGGCAAGUUGAAGCGGACGCAGAAAGUGAAGCAGUAGAACAGGUUGAAUCGGAACGUGUGUCUGUGUUCGCUCAGUCAGAAUUGGAGUCUGAGGCGCUUGCAGAGACUGCAGCACAACCGGAACAGGAACGAUUGGUUGAGCGUGUCGGUGAGAUGGAGGCGGAAUAUGGUGAAGUUGGUGAAGGCGUAUUUGAAGGGGAGACGGAAGCCGAGUCGGCAGUCGAAGUGUUCAGUGAAGAUUGGGGCAAGUUGAAGCGGACGCAGAAAGUGAAGCAGUAGAACAGGUUGAAUCGGAACGUGUGUCUGUGUUCGCUCCAGUCGAAUUGGAGUCUGAGGCGCUUGCAGAGACUGCAGCACAACCGGAACAGGAACGAUUGGUUGAGCGUGUCGGUGAGAUGGAGGCGGAAUAUGGUGAAGUUGGUGAAGGCGUAUUUGAAGGGGAGACGGAAGCCGAGUCGGCAGUCGAAGUGUUCAGUGAGAGAUUGGGGCAAGUUGAAGCGGACGCAGAAAGUGAAGCAGUAGAACAGGUUGAAUCGGAACGUGUGUCUGUGUUCGCUCCAGUCGAAUUGGAGUCUGAGGCGCUUGCAGAGACUGCAGCACAACCAGAACGGGAACGAUUGGUUGAGCGUGUCGGUGAGAUGGAGGCGGAAUAUGGUGAAG